CUUUUCUAAUUAUACACGUGUCAUUACCAAAGUAUGUUUUCCUACCAAGUGUACUAAACACAGGUUAGAUAAUGGCGGCAACAUCAUCAUCGCCAUUUUUCCCUCUCUCCACCUCUCCGGGAAACCAAAACUGUUAUAUUCCGUUGAUUCAGUGCUCCUCCUCCUCCUCCUCCUCCUCAUCAUCCACGGACCUGCGCCAAAAACCACAGAAACACAUAGUAGUUUGCGGCGGUGGAAUAAUCGGAGUAUGCACAGCUUACUUCUUAGCCAAAAAAGGCGUUUCCGUCACACUUAUCGAAAAAGCAUCAAUAGCGUGCGCUGCUUCCGGAAAAUCCGGAGGAUUUCUCGCCCUUGACUGGUGCGAUGGCGGUCCCCUCUCCUCUCUCGCUCGCACCAGCUUCAAUCUCCACCGCUCAUUAUCCCAAGAGCUAAACGGCGCCGAAUUAUACGGUUACCGUGCCCUAACUACUCUCAGCCUUACCGUCACUGAAUCACAAAAUCAAAACCGGAUUAAGAAAGAUCUUCUUCCUUCAUGGAUUGAUGGACCGGCCCGAGCUCCGAGAACAAUCGGGUCGACCGAAACAACGGCGCAGGUGCAUCCGAAAUUGUUUACGGAGACGGUUUUAUCAAAGGCGGUGGAGGCAUACGGCGUUGAGGUGGUGAUUGGAAAAGUCGAGAGAGUUGAAGUGGCGGUGGCGGAGGAAGGAGGGAGAGUGGAGGCGGCGGUGAUGGUGGAAGGAGGGAGAGUGAUUGAAGCGGACGGCGUCGUAUUAGCGCUUGGGCCUUGGUCGGGGAAAUUUGAAAUGUUGCGGGAGUUUUUUAGGAUUUAUGGGUUGAAGGCUCAUAGUGUAGUUUUUGAGCCCAAGGAUAGAGACGUUGUAACCUUUUUGAGUUAUUAUGAUGGACAAGGUGGCAGGCCCAUGGACCCUGAAGUCUAUCCUCGUUCUUCAGGGGAGGUGUAUGUGUGUGGAAUGUCAUCGGAGGUAGAGGUACCAGAGGAUCCCGAGGAGAUUGUGGGUGACCCAGAGUCAAUAAGGGUUUUAAAGAGGGUGGCUAGAAAUGUUUCCAGUCAUUUAGCAGAAGGGAAGGCACGAGUGAAGGCAGAGCAAGCAUGCUUCUUGCCAUGUACUGAUGAUAAUAUCCCUGUAAUAGGAGAGAUUCCAGGGGUAAAAGGCUGUUAUGUAGCUACUGGACAUAACUGUUGGGGCAUUCUGAAUGGUCCUGCUACUGGGGCUGCAGUGGCUGAACUUGUAGUAGAUGGAAAGUCUAGCAUUGUUGAUCUUUCUGUGUUCAGCCCUGCCAGAUUUGUUGGGCGUAGAAAGGGCUAGAUGCAAUCAUUGUAUAGAUUUUACAAAUUAUAACUAGAAACGUCUUUUCGCAAUAAAGAUCUGCUUAUCAAGCAAAA